CGCGGCGCCGGCUGGGGCCCCGUCUUGGGUGUCCGCGCCGUCGCCUGACGGUUCGAGGCUUUGAUCGCGAGCGCAGGCUCGUCCUGCCCAGACAGCUGGGCGCCAAGGGGAUACCCAGCGCCUUUAGGCUUAUCUUAAAUCGGGCAUCUGCAUCCACACUUAUUGCUGGGAUCCUCCAUGGAAAGCAGCUCCCGAAACCGAACAGCCGCCCGGCCCGCCCUCCGCUGCAGUAGAAAACCGCCCCGGGACGUUGCUGCCGCAGUGUCCCCCUCACGGAGUUCCGUUUGUCUGCUUGGUUGGUUGCAACCUUCUCUGGAGCCCCAGAACCCAGGCCGCUUGUAUGUGCCUGCGGCCGCACGGCCCCAGCACGGGGACCUGGAGCGGCACCGGGAGACCCGCGCGGCCUCCUCGGAGUGGACAGUGAAGCAGCGGGGCUGGGCAGUGAGGCUGGGCCUGCCCAUGGCGACCCGUCCGCGUCUCCGGGACAUCAGCCUGCGCCUCUUCGCAGCCUCGUUUUCUGUUUACCGAGUUCUGCAGGGGGACGUAGGGGAACCACAGCCUUCUUGCACUUGAGACCGCUGUGAUUUUCUGACAUUUUGGAGGCAGAAAUGCCUGGGAAAAGGCCCACAGAUGCAACUGUCAUCCCUAGUGCCAAAAGGGAACGGAAAGUGAUUACCCUUGACCUCAAAUUGGAAGUGUUACGACGAUUUGAAGCGGGUGAGAAGCUCAGUCAGAUCGCAAAGGCCUUAGGUCUUGCUGUCUCCACAGUGGCGACCAUCUGAGAUAGUAAAGAAAAAUCGAGUUCUCAAAUAGCUACUCCUUUGAGAGCCUCACGGUUGACUCGCCAUCGAAGUGCAGUGAUGGAGAGUAUGGAGCGGCUGCUGAGCUUGUGGCUGGAAGACCAGAGGCAGCGAAAUGCGCCCUUGAACGCCGCCAUCGUUCAGAAGGCUAAGUUUGAUGACUUGCAGCGUGAACAUGGCGAAAGCUCUCAAGCGGAGAGGCUUCAUGUGAGUAAAGGGUCAGGGUGGCUUGUGAGAUUCAAGGAGCGCCACUGUUUGCCCCACUUCAAGUUGAACAGCGCAGCUCCCAGCAACAAGAACAUGUACACAGAAAUGCUGAAAAGCAUCAUCGAAGAAGGUGAGUACGCCCCCCGGGUGUCUUUAACGUAGAUGAGACAGGACUUGAUUGGAAGAGAAUGCCCGAAGAAACGUUCACUUCCGAGGAAGAGAAUGCUGAGCCAGGGUUUAAGUCAUACAAAGAUCGCUUGAUGCUGCUGCUUGGUGGCAGUGCCACUGGGGACUUUAAGUUGAAGCCCUUACUGGUGUACCGCUUGGAAACCCCCAGGGCUCUGAAGGGGUACUCGAAGCCCAAUUUGCCCGUGAUUUGGCACUCCAACAGAAAAGCUUGGGGGACCAGGAGCAUCUUUCAUGAAUGGUUCGCUUCCUUUUUUUGCCCUGCCGUUGAAAAACACUGUGCCUAAAAUAAUCUCACCAACAAAGCAUUGCUCAUACUAGACAAUGCGUCAUGCCACCCUGUGAAUUUGAGCGAUGUUUCUGAUAACAUAAGAGUAUAAUACAUUCAUGACGGUACAACUGACUAAAUCCAGCCCAUGUGUCAAGGUGUAGCCUCUGCCUUCAAAGCUCACUAUCUGAGGACUUCUGAGCACAUCCUAGAAGCAACGGAUGGUGAGGAUACAGCUGUGAUCAGGGAAUUUUGGAGAAACUACAGCAUCAUGGAUGCUGUGGACAACACUGCGUACUUGGGAGGAGCUCAAACCAGCGAUAAUGAACAGCGUGUGGGAGAAGAUUUGGCCUGAGUGUGUUCAGGCCCAGCAUUUUUCCCGGGCAGAUAACAUUGCACAGCUUAAAAAAACCAUUGUGACCCUUGCCAGAAAUGUGGCCUUUGAGGAGGUUGCUGAGGCUGCUGUGGACCAGUUGCUGCAGUCCCAUGAAGAUCUCUCAAAUGAGGAACUAAUGCAGCUGGAACAGGAGCCGGCAGUGGGGGAGGAGGAGAGGGAAGAUGAUCCCUGGGCGCUGCGGCAGUUAACCACAGGAAGACUGUCGGCAGCCCUCUCGCAUUUCGAGGCUGGCUUGCAGGUCCUUGCUAGUAACAGCCCUAAUGAUGAAAACUUAGAGUUUCCAGAGCUAUCAGUGAUGCAAUAAACUGUUACCAGAAGCUGUACAAUGAGAAAAAGCACUGUUCAAAACAACUCUCUUAGGUCAUUUUUCCAUGUGUGUAACCAAAAGUUAAUCAGAACAAAGCAGAAGCACCAUGACGACCUCAACAGUGGAGACCCAGCCAGGCCUCUCUGCUCUGUGGUGUUCGACAUCCCUGGAAACCUUGCUGUUGGUAUUUCCAUUUUGAUGCUUGAGAGUAUCAAAUUUUGUCAUUAAAAUGUUAUUUAAAUACA